AUGCAGGAUAAUUACUGUUUCAGCUUAGGUAGUUCAUCAGCUAUUAGUGAAAUAAAAUCAGAAGUCUAAGACAAUUAUUCCGAAAUAAGCAGAAGUUCAAGAAAUUUCGAAAGUAUUUCUUCCAUUUCUGGAAAAAAAACAAAUUCAAUUAAUAAUCUUUCCUUAUCAGAUUUAGAUAAUCAGCAUAGAGAUAAAAUCUGUUUCCUAAGUCCUUUAUAAGAAUACAUCUAAAUAAACCCAAAAGAAUCUUAUGAUUUGUAUUAUGCCUCAAGUACUAAUAUUUAGGGGAAAUUCGGAAUUAUUAUUAAAAACCAAAAUAAAGACCUAGUAACCAUUAGUUAAGCAUAUCCAGAUAAAACAAUUAAUGAAUUAGAAUUUUUGGCUACUAUUCAAGGAAUGAGAUAUUGCAUCGAUUUAGGAAUAAAAAUAUUGAAUGUGAAGGGAAAUAGUCAAUUAGUUACAAAGCAUAGAAGCUUUAAUUUAUAAGGUCAAUUGGCAAUCCUUAAGGAGGUAAUACUUAAAUAUACUUAAUUUUUCUAUUAAAUAAAUUUUGUAUAAAUUCCAAAAGAAGUAAAUAAUUAAGCCAAAUAAUUAUCAAGAGAGGAAAAGAAUUUUGUAAAAGUUCUAUAAGAUUAAAGCAAAAUUUAAGAUCUAUCAGUCUCUAUUGAUCAAAAUAAAUUUCAACUUUCAUCAUAACGAUCUUAUUCUUAAUAAAAUAUCAAUAAUUUAUCUGCUAUUCUACCAUAAAAGCCACAUUUAGAUUAAAUUUUACUUGAAUAUCCAGAUAUCUUCAGUGAAUAUAAUAAAUAAUAGAUCAAACCAAUAAAUUUACAAUAAAAUAGAGAUUAUGCUUUAAUUUUUGGGAAAGUUAAUGAUAACACAAAUAAAGGAGCAAAUUUUAUGAUAAAAUAAGAUUUAAAUGAGAUAAUUGUUGGAACAUUCUAUUUUCCUUAACAAACCAAUGCAUUGCAAGAGAUAUCACUAUUAUAUGGAAUGAGGUUCUUACUAGAAUGUUAGAUUACUUAUUUAAAUUGUUUCACAAAUGAUGAAACAUUUUGUAAAUUAUUUGACAACGAAAACAAUAAGUUAAUGUAAAGUUAGAUAAAGGAGUAGAAGUGCUUAUAUAGCAUGAAAUAAUUAUUCCAAAGAACAUCGUGUAGAACAAUAGAAUCAGGUUAGUUGAAAGCACUUAAGGAACCCUAUUAAAAUAAGCAAUCCAGAUUUUAAAUUCUAGAUGAAUCCAUCUAAAUUUAAAAUGGGUAAAUUCCAAAAUAAUAAUCGAUAACGUUUUCAAAAUUUUCAUAAAUAUACGGUUUUAAUAAUUAAUUUAGAAUAUGA